UCAGGUCGUCUGCGCGUCUCGUGGUCUGUGGUCUUCUUCUCCUCAUCCUCCAGUGGCGACGGCGACGGCGACGGCGACGGUGAAGUUUUGUCCUUGCAAUCGGCCCCAGAUGCAGCAGCCGAUGCCCGCCGGCAAGAGCUUGUGAUCGUAUCUCCAUUUGUUUCAUCAAACACAGCUGAGCUCUGGAUUGGUUUUCUGGGUCUCUGAGAAUGAAGACAAGGAAGCUGUUUGGGUUUUCAAUUUCCGUUAUUCUCAUCAAUAUGGCGGCCAUAAUGGAGCGUGCCGAUGAGAACCUUCUUCCAUCUGUUUACAAAGAAGUUAGCGAAGCCUUCAGUGCUGGCCCCACUAAGCUUGGUUAUCUCACAUUCAUAAUGAACUUUGUGCAGGCACUGUCAUCUCCUUUGGCAGGUGUUCUAAUACUGCAUUAUGAUCGUCCAACAGUUCUCGCAAUUGGUACAGCAUGCUGGGCGUUAUCGACGGCAGCAGUAGGAGCAAGCCAGCAAUUUUAUCAAGUUGCAUGCUGGAGAGCAGUAAAUGGUCUUGGACUGGCCAUUGUGAUCCCAGCAUUACAAUCUUUUAUUGCUGAUAGUUAUUCUGAUGAUGUCCGAGGCAGAGGAUUUGGUUUGUUGAGCCUUGUAGGUUCUGUUGGAGGGAUAGGUGGUGGUGCACUAGCAACUAUCAUGGCAGGCCAAGAAUAUUGGGGCAUCCCAGUAGCUCGCUUGUUAUUCCGACCAUCAUCGAUGAGAACUCUGAAAGGGCUGAAUUGGUUGGGAAAAGGCAAUGCCAUCCCACAUUCUGUUUGGAGGGAGUCCUGGGCAGCAGCAAGAGCUGUAAUAAAAGUGCGGACUUUCCAGAUCAUUGUCUUGCAGGGAAUUGUCGGUUCUUUUCCUUCGAGAGCCAUGGUGUUCUUCACAAUGUGGUUUGAAUUGAUAGGUUUUGAUAACAAUAGUUCAGCUGGAUUGAUCAGCCUUUUCGCAAUCGGAUGUGCUAUAGGUUCAUUUAUCGGAGGAUUGAUUGCAGAUCGGAUCUCUCGCAUCUACCCGGACACUGGGCGUGUAAUGUGUGCACAAUUCAGUGCAUUCAUGGGCAUUCCAUUCUCAUGGCUUCUCCUCAAUAUCAUUCCUCAGUCAGUGAGUAAUUGGAUUUCCUUUGCUGUAACUCUCUUCCUUAUGGGACUCACAAUCAGCUGGUGUGCUACCUGUGCAAACAAUCCAAUGUUCGCCGAGGUUGUCCCAUUGAAACAUCGUACCAUGAUUUACGCAUUUGAUCGUGCAUUCGAAGGUUCAUUCGCAUCUUUCGCUGCUCCGGCAGUCGGAAUUUUGACAGAGAAGAUUUAUGGUUAUGACUCAAGGCCUGUAAAUUCAGUCUCUGGGUCUGCUCAUCAGGCAUUUGCACUAUCAAGAGGACUUCUUUCCAUGACGGUAGUUCCUUUUGGUUUGUGUUCCUUGUUUUACAGCCCUUUGCAUGUUAUAUUUAAAAGAGACAGGGCCAAUGCUAGAGCAGCUAGUUUGAAAGAGCAGGAACUAACAUGAGAUUGAGAGGCUUGUGGAAACAUUACUGGGCUCAAUUAGCUAGCUUAUCAGAUUUCUUGUAUCAUUGGUUAGACCUAUGAAACCACAUUAAUUUCUUACUCAUGUUUUUAUCAACAGUGGAUUUGUAAUGAAUUUUAUUAGAACAAAAAUAAUUCUCAAA